CGCCGUACCGCCGUACCUUGUCCUUAGUUUUUCUUUUCACCCUGGGUCCCACGUUGUCGUCUCGUUAUCAUCUCGUCAGCGUGGUGCGUUAUCACAUAAAUUAAACUAGACCGGUGACGCUACCUAUAUUUAGGCCAUAUAGCCGCUGUUUACUGUUACGGUCGACGGAUCGCUUUUCGUUAGAGAGGUUAUAGAGACUAAGAGAGGACAUGGCAGUAUUUUGUUUUGGAACCUUGAGGCAUUUUCAAGCUUUAUCAUCGUUGAAAGUGCAAUUUCCACGUGCAUUCAAACGACACACAGCAACGCAGGCGGCAGUCAAGCAGAUUCUACAGGAUGAGCUGGCCGGCAUCAAGAAAGCGGGUACCUGGAAGCCCGAGCGUGUCAUCACCAGCAGGCAGGGCGUGGAGAUCAACGUCCAGGGCUCGAAUGCGACGAUACUCAACUUCUGUGCCAACAACUACCUGGGACUGUCGAGUCACCCGGACGUGAUCGAAGCGGGUAAAGCGGCGCUGGACAGCCACGGCGCCGGCAUGAGCUCGGUGAGAUUUAUCUGCGGCACGCAGGACCUUCACAAGGAGCUGGAAGCGAAGAUCGCGCUCUUCCACAGCCGCGAGGAGGCGAUUCUCUAUCCGAGCUGCUUCGACGCCAACACGGGACUCUUCGAGGUGCUGCUGGGACCGGACGACGCGGUGCUGUCGGACGCGCUGAAUCACGCGUCGGUCAUCGACGGCAUUCGCCUCUGCAAGGCGAAGCGGCUGCGCUACAAGCACCGGGACAUGGCCGACCUGGAGAGGCAGCUGCGCGACGUGCAGUCAUCACGCAUGCGCGUCAUCGCCACCGACGGCGUCUUCAGCAUGGACGGCAACGUCACGCCGCUGAAGCGCAUAUGCGAUCUCGCGGACGAGUAUUGCGCGAUCGUCUUCAUAGAUGAGGCGCACUCCACCGGUUUCUUUGGGCCGACGGGCAGGGGCACGGAGGAGCACUUGGGAAUCUCUGGCAGGGUUGAUCUCAUCAACUCCACUUUGGGCAAGGCGCUAGGAGGUGGAUCGGGCGGGUACACGACUGGGCCGAAGGAAGUCAUAGAUCUGUUGAGGCAGAGGUCACGGCCGUACCUCUUCUCGAAUUCGGUUCCGCCACCCGUCGUCGCGGCGGCCAUCAAGGUGUUCGAUAUGUUGCUGGAGAGUUCCGAGCUGGCUGGUAAAGUUCACGAUCUCACGAUGCGCUUCCGCAAUAACAUGAAGGCAGCGGGAUUCACGGUCGGCGGCGACGAGCACCCCAUAUGCCCCGUGAUGCUUGGAGACGCACACCUGGCCAAUGUGUACGCGGAGAAGAUGCUGGAGAAAGGAAUCUAUGUCAUUGGGUUUAGCUAUCCCGUUGUGCCACAGGGUGAGGCACGUAUACGUGUACAGAUAUCGGCUGCCCAUACAAAUGAGGAAAUCGACAAAACUGUCGACGCAUUUGUUGCAAUUGGAAAGGAGUUGGGUGUCAUUUAAAGAUAUGGGUCCACUUAAAUUUAAGACUAUAUUUGUGUUCUCCUUUGUGGGGCCAUCAUUGUUUUUUUUAUUCUCUUUUUAAGAAUAUGUUACAAUUAGGGGUGCACCGGAACUUGGAUCCGG